AUGGUUACAGAAGAGAAGAAUGAGUGGUUACAAUCCUUACCUACUAUGGAUGAGUUGAAAAAAGUAGUUUUCUCUAUGAGUCCUACCUCAGCUGCAGGGCCAGAUGGAAUGAGUGGAAAAUUCUUCCAAUCACGUUGGGAUAUCAUCUGUGAUGACCUCUUGAGCAACUUCUCUCUCACACUGAUUACCAAAACUCUUCAGUUGUAUAAAGCUACUUCAGGACAGUUUAUCAAUAAAGAUAAAAGUCAGUCCAUGAUUCCCCUGAAUACUCCCUCUGAUAUUGUGGAUAGGGUCAGUAAGAUUACAGGCUAUAAUUGCACUAAUGGCCCUAUUACUUACCUGGGAUGUCCACUCUAUAUUGGAGGCCAGAGGAUCAUUUAUUUUACUAGUAUAGUUUCUAAGGUAAUAAGCAGAAUCAGGGGCUGGCAGACUAAGGUGCUGAGCUAUGGAGGUAGAGUUACCUUGGUAAAAUCAGUACUGCAAUCCAUUCCUAUACAUCUGUUGUCUGCUAUCAGUCCUACUAAGACCACAAUAAACCAGAUCAAAAGGCUCAUUGCUAACUUCUUUUGGGGAUGGGACACUGAAAGAAGAAAAUACCACUACGCCUCCUGGGAUACUCUGAGUUAUCCUUAUAAGGAAGGUGUUAUUGGUGUAAAAAAGUUAGAGGACGUGUGA